UUCGAGCGAUUGUAUAAAGGGGGUGGAAAAAAAUGUUUAAAAUGACAUAAAUGUCAAUAUACUUCCCAAGAAUUGUGCAAAAAGCAGCUUAAGCUAUUCCUAUUCUGCUUUGGAAAGGAAUACGACAUAGAGAAAAUGGCUAUGUACAAAGGUUUUCGCGUUCUUGAGAAGUCCAAACCACCCAGUCCUCACAGUAUUUUACUGGAGCACAAGGGAAAAGAAACCACUUUACUAUUUGAAUCUCAAGCCGUGGCAAUGCUCUCUGCCCAGGAAACCGAAGCAGUUAAGAAGCAAUAUACGAAGAUAAUAGAUGCUUAUGGAUGUUUAGGAGUACUCCAGUUAAAUGCAGGAGAAUCUACAGUUUUAUAUUUAGUAAUGAUAACAGGAUGUUUCUCUAUUGGUAAAAUUGGAGACUCGGAAAUAUUUCGAAUAACUCAAACCCAGUUUGUACCAUUACAUUAUCCCCAAAAUGAAGAUCGGGUAGUUGAAGUAAGGAAAUUAUUAAAUUCUGGUACAUUUUACUUUUCAUGGUACUCUGGUCCCCCUGGAGGUACUGCUUUGGACCUCACAUUGUGCGCACAACGAAGAAACAAAACGUCGGCUACAGACCACAGAUUUUUCUGGAAUCGAAUGUUACAUGUCCAUUUAGUAAGAUUUGGAGUAGACUGUAGCAGCUGGCUAGUACGUACAAUGUGCGGUUCUGUAGAAAUACGUACAGUUUAUGUAGGACACAGAAAAGCAUUGGCUUCCGUUAUUUCUAGGUUAAGCUGCGAGAGAGCUGGGACAAGGUUUAACGUUAGAGGCACGAAUGAUGAGGGACACGUUGCUAAUUUUGUAGAAACGGAGCAAGUGAUAUAUCUUGAUAACGAGGUUUCUUCUUAUUUGCAAACACGUGGCUCUGUUCCUUUGUUUUGGGAACAACCUGGUAUCCAGGUUGGAUCGCACAAAGUGAGAAUUUCCAGAGGUUACGAAGCAUCAAAAGCAGCAUUCAACAGACACAUGGGUACUAUAAAAGAACGCUAUGGCAAGCAAGUCAUUGUUAAUCUGCUAGGUACAAGUUUGAUCGGCAGCAAAGAAGGUGAAGCAACGCUUAGCCAAGAAUUUCAGAAACAUCAUAAAGAGUCUCCUCAUACUGAUGUGCCACACAUCGUUUUCGACUACCAUCAAGAAUGCCGUGGUGGAAAUCAGAUCAAUUUACAAAAAUUGAAGGGCAAAAUUGAACAACAAAUACAAGAUUUUUCAUUUUAUCAUGCCGUGAAUAACACCAUUUAUAGUUUACAGACUGGUACGAUACGAACGAAUUGCUUAGACUGUCUCGACAGAACUAACUGUGUCCAAACAUUUUUCGGGCUAGAGAUAUUGGCCAAGCAAUUGCAAUCCAUGCAACUCGUUGACAAAAAGCAAACUAUCUCGAGAUUUGAAGAGGUCUUCAAACAAAUGUGGAUAAACAAUGGCAAUGAAAUUAGUAAAAUAUAUGCUGGAACUGGUGCUAUUCAAGGAGGAUCCAAACUAAUGGAUGGAGCUAGAUCAGCGGCUAGAACUAUUCAGAACAACCUUCUAGACAACUCCAAACAAGAGGCUAUUGAUAUAUUGCUUGUAGGCUCCACUUUGUCUACUGAGUUAGCAGAUAGGGCUAGGACUUUACUCCCUUACAACACCCUUCAUGCGCCUAAUCAUGUACUUAGAGAAAUGUGUAAUCGAUACGCGGAAUACACUGAGCCUUUGCCGAUGCGUAUUGCCGUGGGAACAUACAAUGUCAAUGGUGGCAAACAUUUCCGCAGCGUAGUGUUCAAAGAUAUAAAAUUAUCCGAUUGGUUAUUAGACCCACACAUUAAAAACCAGGGCAGUUUAGUAGACACUGGUUACACAGACGAUCACAAAGCAAUACCCGUUGAUAUAUAUUCUAUUGGGUUUGAGGAAAUCGUAGAUUUGAAUGCUGCAAACAUAGUUAAUUCUAGCACGGAAAAUGCUAAAGCAUGGGCUGUCGAAUUGCAAAAAGUAUUGUCACGUGAUAGGCCGUAUGUACUCGUAACGUACCAGCAAUUAGUCGGUGUUUGUUUGUAUGUUUUCGUUAGGCCUGAACAUGUACCGUAUAUAAGAGAUGUUGCUGUAGAUUCAGUCAAAACAGGCUUAGGAGGACAUACUGGGAAUAAAGGCGCGGCAGCAAUACGUCUUGUCCUUCACGCUACAUCAUUCUGUUUUGUGUGUGCACAUUUUGCCGCUGGUCAAUCGCAAGUGGUUGAAAGAAAUGCCGAUUAUAAUGAAAUUACAAGGAAGAUAACAUUUCCUAUGAACCGUUCACUGAACUCGCAUGAAUAUUUGUUUUGGUGCGGAGAUUUCAACUAUAGAAUUGAUAUGGAUAAGGAAGAGUUAAAAGAGUUAAUACGCCAAGGCGAUUUCGAAACUAUUCUUCAGAGUGACCAGCUUAAAAAGCAGCAAGAAGAAGGAAACGUUUUCAAAAACUUUAUUGAAGGAGAUAUAACUUUUGCUCCGACUUAUAAAUACGAUCUUUUUAGUGACGACUAUGACACUAGUGAGAAAUGCAGAGCUCCUGCUUGGACAGACCGAAUUCUUUGGAAACGUCGGAAUCUUUGCCCUGAUAUAAAUGGUUCCACACAAGAAUCACCUGGUAAGCUAGUAUACUAUGGCAGAGCAGAAUUAAAGCAAAGUGAUCACAGACCUGUCAUUGCCUUUGUUGAUGUGGAGGUGAGACGCAUCAAUGAGGAUAAACGGCAGCAAGUUUUUUAUGAAGUUAUCGCGGAUAUGGGACCCCCAGAUGGAACAAUUAUAGUGCAUUGCGAAAAUUUGCCACAGAAUGAUGAUAUUAGUGUUUUUGAAGACAACAUUGUGAUGACAAUUCUUGAGGAUUUUGCACAGUUUGGCGAAACUAUUCUAGUAAGAUUCGUGGCAGAUACCAUGUGGAUUACUUUUAGGGACGGGCAAGCUGUUUUAGAGGCAUUGAAGAAGACGAAUGGGAAAAUUAUGAUUCAGGACUAUGAAUUAACUCUAUCUCUAAAGACUCCACAUUGGGUAGAUCAAGCAAAAGAGGAAAUUGGAUUAUGCUCAAGUAAUACAGUUCCACUGUAUAUAUCACCCAGUCAGUCCGACUAUAACUGUUUAGGCAUACCAGAGGUACCCAAGCCUUCAAGAACUAUUCCCCCUGGUCGACCCCCACCACCCACUGUAAAAUCUACUCCUCCUUCCUCUAGAAGAAUACCUCCCAGAGCAGGCGUAAUCAGCAUGCCAGUAAUACCUCCUUCUUCAGCACCUCCAAAUAUGCCUCCACCUGACUUGCCUCAGCAGAUGUCUCAGGAAGAAGGAGUGUAUGAAGAGAUCAGUGAUGAUGUUUUGAGUACUCCCGAACCCCUAGGUCCUCCACCGCCCCCUCCACGACCAGAACCGGCAUUACCUUCAACCCCAACAAGAGGCCCCCCACCGGUUCCAGCUAGAUCCGCUCCUCCGCCUCCAUUACCUGCACGACCAAGAUCUUAGGCGUUCCAACUAGUCAAUGCUUUGUUUUGUAUGUAAUGGUCGGAGGCGUGGAAUAUUAAUUAUUUAAUAUUAGGGUUCUUCUUUCUUAUAGCAGUGGCGACUGGUAGAUUUUCUAAUAGGUAGCACGUAUUAGGAUGUUGAUUUUAGUCAUUGGGAAGCUGCUGUUUUUUAUAAAUUUUAUUAUUUAUUUUUUCUUUUGAGUGAAGAGUUUUUAAGCUGUUAAAAUUUUUUGUUAUUAAAUUUUAUAACACGUAUUAGAGAGUAAUCUAGGUGAUGGUCUUUUCAAACAACACGAAGCAUUACAAAUAUCUCUAAUAUACAGGGUUAUCCAAAAGUCCCGGUACGGCAGAAAAACUUUGGAA